ACUUGGACAAUUCUCCAAUAAAACUCUUGAAAUUCCAGCCUUGAACUCCCAGAAGUGUUCUGCUACAUUUGUUUCAGCAUCAACAUGGCUAACCCUCCAGCUUCUGUUCCAAUCACAGUUCGCGGACGAUAUCUCUGGAGAGGGGACGAGCGGUUCUUUGUUCGGGGAGUUACAUACCAGGUCCCAGACGCGCAAGAUCCAAUCUCAGACACAUGUCUACCGCAGCUGAAGCACGAUGUCGAACUUUUCAAAGAGCUGGGAUUGAAUACUCUGUUCAUUUACACGGUCGACAAUACCAAGAGGCACGGUCAGGCCAUGAAGUUGCUUGAGCAAGCCGGGAUCUAUGUCUUCACAUCAGUCGCUACUCCCUUCAGCAGUAUCAAUCGAACGGAGCCGUACCAGUCGUACCACCGACCGUCAGUGACAGAGUACUUCCAGACCGUUGACGUCAUGUCGCAAUACCCAAACACGUUGGGUCUUCUUGCGGGCAAUAGUGUGACCAAUAGCCCAAGUACUCAGAGAGCGGCUCCGGUCAUCAAGGCGGUAGUCAGGGAUCUCAAGCGAUACAUGAAGAUACACAACGAAGCUAACGGCCAGAGGAUUCUUCCCAUCGGCUACACCGCCGCUGACGCCGAUCAAUUGGACACGACAGUGCUCAACUUCCUCUCCUGGGGUGACCCAGCAAGCUCAAUUGAUUUCUGGACGUGCAACUGCUAUAUGUGGGCAGGGCUUUCAAACUACCAGAUAUCCGGCUACGAGCGACUGGUCGCUCGUCUGCAGAGCGCCGCUCUACCUAUCAUCAUGUCCGAGUAUGGCGUGAACAUACAGCCACGUCAGUUUGAAGAGACAGCAGCCCUGUACUCUCCACAGAUGAGCCAAGUGUUCUCCGGAGGCUGUGCGUACGACUUCUGGGAAAGCUCGAACGGCUACGGCUUAGUUGAGCUCGUCAAUCAAGAACAACCUCGCACAACUCCGGCCUGGGCUGUAGAGCAAGAUGAUGAGACACCACUCGCUCGAGCAGAUGAUCCAGAGAAGACAGCGGAAAAGCGGCAGACGGAGCGAGGUCCACUGUCGAUCUACCAUGACUUUGUGAACUUCAAGGCCAAAUUGGACGCGACUAGACACAUCGAACACGAUUGGGAAGGCGACAUCAUGGAACGCGAGGCCACUGAGAGAGGAAGUGUCGAUGUUUCGCAGAUGAAUUGGCCUUGGGAGCCGGAAAACCAGAUUCCUGAUACUGUCGUGGAUUGGGUGGAAACUGAAGACUUGGUCAAUGGAAGAGGUCUGCUAUAUGUUAUGUAGGGUUGGCUAAGCGGCAGCGAGGUUUCGUGGUGUACGAAGGUAGUAGAACGGCCCGUGCGCGCCGCUAGUCUUCAAGCUCUCUGACGAUCAUUCGGCGAGCUCCAAGCUUCAAAGAGAUUCAAUCUACCUCCACAUUCUUG